AUGAACAUGACUGAGCCAGUAACGUUUUUCAUCAUUGAGGGACUGAAAGAUAAAUACAUGAUUCUAUUUGCUAUUUUCCUUACAAUAUAUGUACUCAUUUUAGGGGGAAACAGUAUGAUUAUAUAUCUGGUCAGAACAGACCCCAAAUUAAACUCGCCCAUGUACUUUUUCCUCCACCAUCUAUCCUUCUGUGAUAUGAUCUAUACAUCAACCAGUAUCCCAAACAUGCUUUCGGGAUUUCUAGUCGAUGUCAAGACCAUUUCCAAAAUGGGCUGCUUUGCGCAGAUGUAUAUCUUCCUCUCUAUGACUGUAGUAGGACGUGGUUUGCUGACAGUGAUGGCUUUUGACCGAUACUUAGCCAUCUGCCAUCCUUUGCGCUACGCAUCAAUCAUGACCAGGAGGAUUCGUUAUCUGCUCAUAUUUUUAGCAUGGCUGUUUGGGUGGUUUAUUCCUUUUUCUGCCCUGAUCUUAGCUUUGCCGCUGCCCUUCUGCGGGCCCAACAUAGUUAAGCACAUCUUCUGUGAUCAUACCUCAGUCGUGCGCCUGGCUUGCACUGACACUACAAGGAACAGCAUAGUAUCACUAACCUUUGCUUUAUUUGGCAUUAUUUCUACCUUCCUGCUGAUUCUGGCGUCUUAUAUUUGCAUUGGGAAAGCCAUCAGCAAAAUGGGCUCAGCCGAGAGACUGAAAGCUGCUGCUACUUGUGUGUCUCACCUUAUUGUAGUCUGCAUCUCCUAUGUGUCUGCGUCCUGUGUGUACAUCUCCUACAGAGUGGCCACGUUUGACCCAGACGUGCGUUUGAUUAUUGCUGUGCUUUACUCUGUGCUGACGCCCCUCCUGAACCCCUUCAUUUACAGCUUGAGGAAUAAAGAGCUGCAGGAUGCGCUGAAGAGAGCCUUCUGCAGAUACAGCGCGGCCUCUCAUGCAGUCAGGAAAACUGUGCCCUCUAUAUCAUCAUGA